AUGGAUCAGAUGGAAAGUAGCGUUGAAAUGGACGCCGAGUUUAAAGACCUGACCCGAGAGUUGGGUUUAAAAAGCGGUGAAUUCGUGGUCAGCCUAUGGCUACAAAUGUGUAUAUAUUUUAACUGCUAUUUCACUCCCGUAUGGAUUGUGUCACAAAUCUGUUCACUUCGGCUAAAACUACACGUAUUGUCCGAUAUUCACCGAUUCCUGUCCGUCACAUCUCUGGCCAUACUUAUGGCUAUAGAAAUCCCGCGCCUAUACCUGGGAUAUACGGGUAAUCUGUUUAAACGGAUUCAACCACUCCUG